UUUUGAGUUGAUCUGUUAUUAAAUGUCAGAUUUGUUUAGUUUAUUUCAUUUGAUUUGACUUUGGAGUUUGCAUGAUCUCCCCUCACAUUUUUGUAAAUAUUUGAUUAUAUCUUUUCAUGUGGCAACACUGAAGAAAUGACACUUUGCUACAAUGUAAAGUAGUGAAUGUACAGCUUGUGUAACAGUGUAAAUUUGCCGUCCCCUCAAAAUAACUCACCACACAGCCAUUAAUGUCUAAACCGCUGGCAACAAAAGUGAGGAUACCCCUAAGUCAAAAACAGGAUAUGAGGGUGUAUCUCAACAAUGCAUCAAUGUAUCAUGAAACUUGAUAAGUAUCUUCAGUACUAUGCCAGCAAUGUAAUCAACACGUUUUAUGUUUGUGCCACCUUGUGAUCAAGAACUGUAAAAACUUAAUUUUUUUUCCAUUAUAUCAUUUGAAAAAUUUGUGCAAAAUUCAUAGGUAAUUUUCCUAUAAUUCACUGGAGUAUGCUGAUGUGAAUGCACACCAAGGUCUGAAAUGUAAUUUCAAUUUUUAAUUUGAUUUUGAAAAAAAGAAAGUUUUUUGCCACUCCUCUUACAAACUUUGUCCAAUCAUCACCAAAUCUGGCACAUCAUCUACAGAGUAAGCCUCACAAAACUUAUUUAAAAACUUAUAAAAUGUUGAAUAUUCCAAAUGGUUUGCCCAUAAUGUGCCAACAAAUCUGAUAACAAAGCAGCCAAACAGGAAGUGAGGCUGCAUCUCAGCAAUGACUUUGCUCAGUGACACAAAGUUUGGUACACAUCUUAAGGGCCAUGACCUGAGGCUAAGCAACAAACUUUAUUAAACAAAUUUUCACCUACUGGUCAAAAGUAACAUUCACAUGCUAAAAAAUGCUCACGUCUAAGUGCCAUUUUCGCAACUCCUUCUCCAAAUUAUGUCCAAUGUUCACCAAAUUUGACUCACAUCAUCUUGAGAGUUGUCUGAAUAAAAGUUAUCAAAGGAACUUUGAUAUUCAAAACCAUUCUCCCAUAGCACUCUUGCAAAUUUGUGAAAAUACAAAUCAUACUUGAAUCCCUUUGCCUGUGAUUCCUUAACCAAUAAUUGUAGCAUGUCUGUAAAUAUGAGGCUCACUGAGUCUGGGUGCUUGGCCCCCGAAAAUGCUGCUUGCAGCUUUAUUAUUAUUAUUAUUAUUAUUAUUAUUAUUAUUAUUAUUAUUAUUAUUGUUUUUUUUUUAUUGCUAAUGAAUUUGGGAUUUCACUACAAGACAUGGCCUGGACUAGUGGGACUCAGCAUGGCUAUGUAGUGAACACUAUAGAGGUUGGUAAUGAAAUACAAAGAACACAAUAACUAGAUGCAUGUUUAGAGUUUUAUGUCAAACGUUGAAUGUCCUGCAGCCCGUGUGGAUUGCUCCUCUGACUCGAUGAACAUUGCCAUCCGUAAAUCCUACCUGGACUCACUGGGCUUCAGCUGGUACGACCUUUAUCUUGAUGACCAUCGCUGCAGAGCUUCAACUGACAACUACUAUGUCACCUUCAACUUCCGUCUCCAUAGCUGCAGCACCAGGAGAACGACUGAGAACGGACGUAUUAUCUACACCAAUAAUGUGCGAGCAGCUCAGUCAACGUCGGGUGAGAUCACCCGAAAUGAUACAGCUUUCCCGUUGGUUGUGAGAUGUGUGAUGGAGCGUAAUUCUUCAGUCGGGAUUCUUUAUGAGGCCAAAGAGAUUACAAAUGCAGCUAUCACUGGAACGGGUCGGUUCAACACCACCAUGGCCUUUUACCCAUCCAGCAGCUUUUACUACCCCAUCACCGAUUCCCCGUACCGAGUGAACCUCAAUCAGCAACUGUACGUGCAGGUGCAGCUAACUCCAGCCGAACCAAGCCUCCACCUGUUCAUGGACUCCUGUGUGGCCUCGCCAAACCACAACUACAGCAGCCGCACCUAUGACCUUAUACGCAAUGGCUGUCGGAGAGACAACACGGUAAACAUAUACAGAAAUGGAAAUCGUUACUUCGCUCAGUUCAGCUUCAGCGCAUUCAAGUUCCUGCGCACACACAACCAGGUGUUCCUCAAGUGUGAUGUCAUUAUCUGCCCUGACAACGACUACAACUCACGAUGUCGCCAAGGAUGCCUCAAUCGCGGGAAACGAAGCACUAGCUCUGAUCACCACACUGAGGUUCUUACCCUUGGGCCAAUCACACUCUAAGGUCCAGAGGAGGCUGAGGCCAAGACGGAGGACAAGGAGUGAACUCACACUGACUGAUUAAUUAAUCACUUAAAUAUAGUUAACACUGAAUAAAUUUGCUAAUAGAUUGUUGAGCAAUCUCUCUUUCUUAAAUACUCACCUGUUGAUUUUUGGGGGGAGAUUUAAACUGUGUUUUUGACCCAAAUUUAGAACCGUCUAAUCCCCGUAAUCUGAAUCAAUCUGCUAUGUCUAAAACAUUUUCUGAUUUUAUGUGUGAGAACGGUUUUUUGAUCCGUGAAGAUUCCGUAACCCCUCUCUAAAAAAGUUUUCUUUCUUCUCCCAGGUGCAUCGUUCCUAUUCGAGGAUUGAUUAUUUUUUAUAAACUUAUCCCAUCGCCUUGGAGAUUUAAUUCUCUUCUUUUGGCAGACACAGACACUUCCUACUUAAAUUUUUGUGCCUGUGGUUGGGUUUUAAAAUAUCUAUAUAACCAGCGAUAGUUAUUGGAUAGCCAUGAUGAGCCGGUGGGAGGGGUUUUUCCGGUGAUUGUACUUUUUAAUUUUGUUUUCCUUUGUUUGCAUAAAAAGAAAAAAAACUGUGAAAUAAUUUAUUACAAUGCUGAUCUAAAAUAUAAUAAUUACAAGACAGCAUAGGAUGAGGUAAAACUAGAACUAGCUAAAAUACAGUAGUGGCAAUUGUGAAAGUAGACAAAACAUGUCAAUGCUUUGAAGGAUGUGAAUUGGAACAGAAUAAUGUUAUUCAAUUGCGAAUCUGUUUUUAGAGGAUUUAAACCUAACAUGGUGAACAAAUUAUAUUAUACGAUUCAGGCAAUUUGACUGGGGUUAUCUCAUAUAGUGUGGCAAGUAAUAAUCUGGAAAGACCUUUGUAAUAUCACAGUCUAAAACUGGAUUUAAAGAGAAGCAAAUCAGUAAAUGAAUCACAUGUAAAUGAAUCACAUGUAAAUGAAUAAAUAAAUAUGGGAAGAAAAAAAAAACACUGAAUAAUUUCACUAACCUUCCUCUAUUAAAGCAUUAUCUAAAGGCAA